GGUGACUCAGCUAGUGUCGGUGGAAAAAAUCAAAACUUGUUAGAGUGAGAGUGUAGAAAACAAACACCCCAUAAACCCAAAAUCAGUGUGUUUCAAGAAAGUUCUGUUUUUUGGGUGUUUUCUUCAGUUUCAAUCAUGGAAGGGAUGAAGCAGAAGAUGAUGGUGGUGGAUUUGAUGGUGUUGUUGAUGAUGUUAUUUGCUUUGGGUGCAAGUGCUUGGACUGGUGAAAUUCAUGGAAGAGUUGUUUGUGAUGUUUGUGGUGAUUCUUCUCUUGGACCUGAAGAUCAUGUUCUUGAAGGUGCUGAAGUUGCUGUUCUAUGCAUCACCAAGUCCGGCGAAGUUCUAAACUAUCAAGCAUUUACAGAUGCUAAGGGGAUAUACACAGUAGCCGAGACAAUGCCCGAGACUGAUCGUUGGGAUGCAUGUCUUGCUCGACCAAUCAGUAGUUUCCAUGAUCACUGCACAACUCUUGGUGGUGGUAGCGCAGGGGUGAAAUUCAGUUACAAUCAUCCAUCAGGGUAUUCACAUGCUGUCAGAACCUUUGUUUACAAACCUGUCAAUGUUCCAACUUACUGCUGAUAUAUACUACUACUUCCUUUUAUUGUUCUGAAUCUGUUAGUGAAUUUGUUCUUGGUUGAACUAUAAUGAAAACAAAUAAGUAGUAUGUGCAUUUGUUGCUAUGUAUUUAUAUAGAAAGCUUAGUCAAAGUAGAGCAUGAAAGUUAUUUAAAUAAUUGUAUAUGGUAAUUUUAUAUUGAGUGAUGGAAAAUCAUUUGUAAAUGGCAUUGUCAUGGAGAGUAACAGAAAUGAGGUGGAUUAACCAUGACUAUAUGAACAUACAAAUUAAUGACAA